AUGGUGACGACGACGGACCCACGGCCCACCGCAAAUCUAAAAUGGCCCUCAAUGCAGGAACCUCAACACACGCUUACGAAGACUCAUCACCGCAUAUCAGCGCAACUACAAACGGGAGAGGAAACUCAAACUGCAAGCAGAGAGCUAAAAAUGGAACGUCGCGAACGUAUGGAUCAACUUGCUCGAGAUGAAAUGUCUCAAUGGCCCGAUGGUCCCGUGCAGAUGAGGAAGCUUUUAGACGGAACAGUGGCAUCUUAUGGCGUUGAAUUCGAUCCGGCCAACAAAAAGUUUGCGGUGGAGUCCGGUUUUUAG